CUGAUCCUCUUACUUAGCUGAAGUACUGUUACAUACCACAGAAGCAACAGUAUAUGUGUUGGAGCCUAUAUAGAUUGAUGUAGUCUGUAGUUUCUCUACAAAGCAUUACAACAUGGGAGUACUGGUACAAUUACUCUUUCUUUUAGCCAGCACUGUUGAACUUUCUCCGGGAAUAUCCCUUGAAAUUCACGUUCUCCGGCCACAGCUUGGCUCCAGUGGCCACCAUGUUCCGGGGCUUUCCUGCCUGAGUUGGAGACUUGGAGUGGAGACACACAACAUUAUUGAGUGGUCAACUGUGCCACAGGCCUGUGAAAGCUAUGUGGGGCAUUACAUGCUCGGCGACCAGUACCGGAAAGACUCAGGAGUCGUGGUGUAUGAGGCAAUUACUCAUGCCCAAAGCCUCAAGUUGGCCGGAGAUGGCAAGGACAUAUGGGUGUUUGAUAUAGAUGAGACUUCUCUUUCUAAUCUGCCUUACUAUGCUAAGCAUGGAUUCGGGGUGGAAGCAUACAAUUCCACACAGUUCAACAAUUGGAUCUAUGAGGGAAAGGCUCCGCCACUGCCAGAAAGUCUUAAGCUGUACAAGAAGUUGCAAUCUCUUGGGAUUAAGCCUGUAUUCAUAACAGGCAGACCAGAAGCCCAAAGAAAUGUCACAGCAGCCAACCUACAGAAUGCGGGAUAUCACACUUGGGAGAAGCUCAUACUCAAGGGAUCAUCGGUCACAGGUACAGCAGUUGCGUACAAAUCAAAUGAAAGGAAAAAACUAGAGCAAAGUGGAUACAGAAUAGUUGGAAACAUUGGUGAUCAAUGGAGUGAUAUCUUAGGAACUAAUGUGGGGAAUAGGACUUUUAAGUUACCUGAUCCAAUGUACUACAUUAGUUGAUGAAACUUUGAACUAGAAUUUCCUAUUGAAAUAAAUCAAAUGCUGCUUAAAGGAACUCGAUUCAUUCAGCAUUACAUUA